AUGCAUGUAUUAAGUUUUUCUUUGUGUGUUUGUAUUACCAUCUCUUGCAUUUUUAUUCCAGAUGCGUUUGAUGCAUUUGAUCCCAAUGGGAACAUCACAAUAAAAUGGGAUGUCAUCAGCUGGACACCAGAUGGAUAUGUCGCUGUGGUGACUAUAAACAACUUCCAGCAGUAUAGGCAUAUCCAACCACCAGGCUGGAGUUUGAAAUGGACAUGGGCAAAGGAUGAGGUGAUAUGGAGCAUGCUGGGAAGUCAGACUACGGAGCAAGGUAAUUGCUCAAAAUUCAAAGGAGAUAUUCCCCAUUGCUGUAAGAAGGAUCCAACAGUUAUCGACUUGUUGCCUGAAACUCCUCACAACCAGCAGAUUGCAAAUUGUUGCAAGGGAGGAGUUGUCAACUCAUGGGGCCAGGAUCCUUCAAAUUCCAUUAGUUCAUUCCAACUCAGUGUCGGUUCUGCUGGAACAACCAACAAUACAGUUAGAAUACCUAAGAACUUCACCUUAAAUGCACCAGGACCUGGAUAUACUUGUGGACCUGCUAAAAUUGUUAAACCAACUAAAUUUUUUACUCCAGAUGGGAGAAGAGUGACACAGGCUAUGAUGACUUGGAAUGUCACAUGCACAUACUCACAAUUCAUGGCUCAGAAUAAGCCUACAUGUUGUGUCUCCAUAUCGUCGUUAUACAAUGACACAAUUGUACCAUGUCCUACAUGUUCUUGUGGCUGCAAGAAUAAUGGCACUAAACCGGGAAGUUGUGUGGAGGCAGAAAAGCCGCACCUAGCUUCAAUUGUUUCGGACCAUGGAAAGAACAACUUUACCCCUUUGGUCCAGUGCACAGAUCAUAUGUGUCCAGUUGGGAUUCAUUGGCAUGUGACGCUCAACUACAAGGAUUAUUGGAGGGUUAAAAUCACUAUAACAAACUUCAAUUACCAUAUGAAUUACUCACAAUGGAACUUAAUUGUCCAACAUUCCAACCUUGAUAACAUCACUCAGGUUUUCAACAUCAAUUAUAAGUCAUUAACUCCUUAUGGAGAUCAGAUAAAUGAUACUGCAAUGUUAUGGGGAGUUAAAUCCUCCAAUGAUCUACUUGUGCAACCUGGUCCUUCAGGAAAUGUCCAGUUCGAACUUCUACUCCGAAAAGAUACAUCAAAUUUAACAUUAGAUAAGGGAUGGGCUUUCCCUCGCAGAGUUUAUUUCAAUGGUGAUAACUGCAUCAUGCCACCUUCUGAGGCAUAUCCACAUUUGUCAAACGAUGUUUCAGCCAUGCCACCUCCUGAUGCAGAUCCACAUAUGCCGAAUGCUGCUUCCCAGUGGAAGGUCUCUUUGCUUAAAUUAGUAGUAACAGUUAUGUUCUCUAUGACAUUCUUCUUUGCUAACACAUACAAGUCUUAUGCUCUCUAUUAG